UGCGGAGGAAAAUCACCUUCUUCUUACACCAAAUAAAGAAAUUAUUUGGGUAAAAUUUAGAUUUCCGCAGCUCUGAAUUUUUUGGCAAUUCAAAUGGGAAGUGACAUCGCCUAACAUUUACGGCUCUGGAAACAGCUCCAAUAUGCCUAACAGAGCAAAGACGUAAAUGGGACCGUUUAUAAAUUGGCAUCACACAUACACGGGACUACUGGAAACACUCAGCAAAGUGGCACGCGCUGCCUACAUGCUCUUGCUUUUCAGUCUACCUUGGGAUUUUAUCGUGACAUAGUCAGAGGAGUGAAACAUUAAUUUAUAACUUUUCUAGUCGGUAUUAAAAAUGGGAAAAGAUUAUUAUCGAAUAUUAGGUAUACAAAAAGGCUGCUCCGAUGAGGACAUUAAGAAAGCCUAUAGGAAACAGGCAUUGAAAUGGCACCCUGAUAAAAACAAAUCUCCUAGUGCAGAAGACAAAUUCAAAGAGAUUGCUGAAGCAUAUGAGGUUCUGAGUGAUCCGAAAAAAAGAGAGAUAUAUGAUCAGUUGGGAGAGGAAGGACUGAAAGGUGGGUCAGGUGGUCCUAAUGGUCCUGGAGGAAACUUUCACUACACUUUCCAUGGUGAUCCACAUGCAACGUUCGCUGCAUUUUUUGGAGGCUCUAAUCCUUUUGAAAUGUUCUUUGGAAGGCGGAUGCCUGGCUGUCGGGAUGAGGAGGACAUGGAAGUGGAUAGUGAUCCAUUUGGCUCAUUUACUGCAUUCACUAUGAAUGGCUUUCCCAGAGACAGGCACACAAGCAGUGUGCAGCAUAGAUGCAAACAGGAUCCUCCUAUAAUCCAUGACCUCAAAGUAUCUCUCGAGGAUAUUUACAGUGGGUGUACUAAAAGAAUGAAGAUUUCCAGAAGAAGACUUAACCUUGAUGGUAGGACAGUUAGAAUGGAGGAUAAAAUCCUUACCAUUGAAAUAAAGAAGGGCUGGAAAGAGGGUACAAAGAUUACUUUUCCUAAAGAGGGAGAUGAAACACCCAACACAAUUCCUGCAGACAUAGUAUUUGUUAUCAAAGAUAAACCUCAUAAUCGUUUCAAAAGGGAUGGUUCAAAUAUUAUCUGCCCUGUACAAGUUAGCCUAAGAGAGGCAUUGUGUGGCUGUUCUGUUACUGUUCCUACAAUAGAAGGAAAGGGCUUAAGUAUCACGUUGCACGAAGUUGUGAAACCUGGCAUGAGAAGAAGACUAAUAGGUUACGGGCUACCUCUUCCUAAAAGCAGCGAACAAAGAGGGGACCUUAUAGUAGAAUUUGAAGUGAAAUUCCCAGAGAGUUUAUCUGCAUCAACAAAGGAAAUUCUUAAGCGUCAUCUUCCUGUUGUUUGAGAUGGGAAGGCUGAUUAGAUGAUGAUUAGAAGAGUUUAUAUCCACAUGGUACAAAAUACUGGACAACACAUGCCAGAACAUUAAAAUCUGAUUAUUUUCUUGCAAUAUUUAGAAUUUUGAUAAUAAUGCAUGGUUGAAAGUGAAUUAUUUUCCAAAGAAUGAACAUUUUGAAAACAGACUUAAUUGUAUAUGGAAUAUUUAUUAUUUACAUCUUAAUCAUCUUUUUGCCCACAUAUUUAUGUGUAACAUAAUUGGAUUGUAAAUAGGUUAUAAUUUUUCAAAGGAAAUGGUGGGCUUUGUCUUGUUAGCAUUGAUAUGUCUGUCGGGUUCCUUAGAAUACCCAUGUGAAACCAAACAUGGAGGACAAAGUCAUUAUUUCAGAAAUACCACAACUAAAGGAGUAAUGAUUCUUUUCUUGUACUUUUUCAUUUUUUUUUGUCUUAACAUGAGUGUUAACUGUCAACAAUUAAUGUGCUUCCAAAGCAGUACUAUAUAUUUUUUUGAAUAUUUGUUUAAAACAGUGCUUUUUGAUGCAGGCCUGUUGGUCAGCCCUAGACAGAAGACAGUGUUACACUGAAAACAUUUCUUCAGGUGAAACAUCCAAUGAAUUUGUUUUGAUCCCUUAACCUCCACUUAGGAAGGCACAUUCUCCAUACCUUUGCUACUAAAUACAACAUCUCUGAGGCUGAUGGAUUUCAGAGAAAGUAGCGGAUGUCCAAACUUCACACUUGACGUUGAAGAAAAGUCAUUGAAACACAUUUUUGUUUGAAUGAUAGUCUGCAUGGAUAUAUGGGAGCUGAAUUUUAGGUGACACCUUUUUCUGCAAAGUUUCUCUUUUAGAGUAUGCAAGAUGCAACAGAAUAAUUUCUAACCUGUUGCACUUUGGCACAAGUAACAGCUCCUACUAUAGACUGACCAACAACAGGCAAAUGCAAAGUAAAAUCAAUAACCAAACACAAACUACAUAUUUUUAAAUCAGCCUUGGAGGCCUGACAAGUGUUUUCUUUAAGGAUAUAAUACAGCUAUGAAAAGAGGGAUCUAAUAGGGUAUUGAAACAAGAGAAAUAAACACUGACACUUAUCUCGGAAUUUAACCCAGCACUUCCUGAUUUUCAUAUGUUUCUCAUUGCCUGUGGACACUUAGACAAUGAGCUUCCCUUAAGAGCAGCUCUUUCUCAUUUAAGGUAGGAAACUGUCAACAUGGUGAUUUGUUUUACACAGUCGCAACCAAAUACAGUACAAAUCCUGUACCCACCAUUGUUUUUUACAACUGAAACAUGCAUGAAGCUUUGUAUUAAUAUUGUUUAUCUAUUUGCAACAUUUAUGUAUUUUGUUACAGCUAGUUUGAGCCUGAAUUUGGCCUUCUGGGUUAGUUCUGUAUCCUGGUUAACAAAUUUAAGUAAAUAAAGAAAUGAAAUAUGGAAAAAUA